AUGGCGUUGCUUUCGUGUGUUCUAUUGAUGCUCAUACCUGAAGUGUGUUGUGGUCUGAUAUUGUCUUUCGACUCUUACCCAGCCAGUCCGAUAUUAGUCACGGCAGGGUCAACCCAAAAUGUUACACUUCAGUGCCAAGUCAACCUACCGUCAAAUGCUAUCAGUUCAGUGGUCAUUUCUGAUCCAAGUGGUACUGAGAGAACUGCAACUACUACGACACUUCCACCAUCUCCAGCUUUGUAUGAAAUCACUUUGAAUGCUGUACAGCCAUCAGACUCUGGAAAUUAUACUUGUUCUGCUACAGCUUCAGCCGACUUAAUGACAACGGAUCAUAUCGAUGAGUGUGCCAGCAGCCAGUGUCAGAACGGAGGGGUAUGUAGAGACGCAGUCAACGGUUUCCAGUGUACUUGUGCACCAGGAUACGAUGGGGUCGUCUGUGAAGUAGAUAUCGAUGAGUGUGCCAGCUGCCCGUGUCAGAACGGAGGGGUAUGUAGAGACGCAGUCAACAGUUUCCAGUGUACUUGUGCACCAGGAUACGAUGGGGUCGUCUGUGAAGUAGAUAUCAAUGAGUGUGCUAGCAGCCCUUGUCAGAACGGAUUAUGUGACAAUUUAGUCGACGGUUUUCGGUGUUUUUGUCGACCAGGAUUUUCAGGGUUCUUCUGUGGAGUAGAGCUUAAUGAGUGUGAUAGCGAUCCUUGCCGCAACGGAGCAACAUGUCAAGACGCAGCCAACGACGUUAUUUGCUUUUGUGUACUGGGAUUCACAGGGAAAUACUGCGAGACAGACAUCAAUGAGUGUGAGAGCGAUCUCUGCAACAACGGAAGCACCUGUCUAGAUUUGAUCAACGGUUUCCAGUGUCUAUGUCUACCAGGAUUCGAUGGACACUUUUGUGAAAGAGGUUGGUAUGGUGAAUGA